CCUGCCAGGCCCUCUGCGCGUUCGGGCUGCUGACUCUCUCGGUGAUCGAUCUCAUGAACAACGCCGCCCUGAGCUACUUGACGUACAGGCGACGGGGUGCUGGAGAUGGUGGCAUCUACACCAGCGCUGAGAUGGAACGACUCGGCAAUGUACAUAUGAGCACCAGCCAUUUCUUCACGAAGUUCGUGCUUGUUCUGACGAUAUGGGUUCCCGUGCCAAUGGCGCGCGUCAUGCUCGGAGACGCGACCUACACGCAGGCCGUCCUGGGCUGCCUGCAGGGCGCAUUUCUUGGCAUCGUGUACCACGUUUGCUUUGUGACGAUGUGCGGCAGGGGGGGCAGGCCACGAGUUGGGGUCUUGCCCAACCAGUGAACUCGAGGGACUGUCUAGUGGCGGCCCGCCCGCUCGUAGACCUGGAAGCGUGAACCCUCCUUCUCCUCCUCCUCCUC